GUAUAUGUGUCUAUGAGAUUAACCUCAUCUCUGUGGCUGUAGUUUGCCGAUGCGCAUGAUAAACUUCACUAGAAGGCACGUAAAAGUUGGCUGCAGUAGAAAUGUUCAGAAGCUCUAAACUUGUAUCAGCCACAUUCAGUGGAAAUCUAAUAAUAAUUCUUAUUUAAUCACACUUAAGCGGUUUUACCUGUAGACACGCGUGCUGGUGCCCGGAACAGUCUGCCCGGUGACCGGCGGGGUUUUGGUGAUGUCAAGAAGCUGCCGGGAGGGGGAGUUCUGGGAUGGCCUCGUGCGGAAGUGCAUGCCCUGUGAGAUGGUGUGCCAACAAGCUCACGUGCCCGCGCGGUGCACGGAUUACUGUGUGUCCUCCCGUUGCCGGGCGACCGCAGAUCACUUCUACGAUCAGCUGCUGAAGAAGUGUUUGUCGUGUGCGCUGGUGUGUGGAACACACCCACGUGAGUGUGUGACGCAGUGCCAUGCCCAGACCCCAAUAGUGAGUGAUCUUCUCAGGCCAGCGGUGGUGGCUGCAGUACCAGUGUGGUCCAGCAGAGGGAGCUCUGUGCUGGUGUUCUCUCUGCUGGGUGUGUGUGUGCUGCUGCUGCUGGCCUGCUCCAUCUGCCUGGCUCUGCUGCUGCACAGGAGACACUCAGCCACCAGAGGGCAGCAGAGAGCACAGCAGCAGCUGACACACCAGCGCAAGCAGAAAGGCCAGGAUGUUGAAGGUCAGAAGUGGCAUUGGGCCACUGAGACGUGCGUUCAUUGCUUCCCUAGGUCAGAGGAAGGAACACCCACUCCUCACCGAUUGGCUGAUUCACAGAACCCACCCACUCCUCACCGAUUGGCUGGAUCACAGAACCCAACCCCCAACGGACGCCUCCUUCAGCAGGACAACUGUUGCUAUGCCAACGGACUCAGCCACCGACAGCAGUGUGAAAGUAUGAGCGAGAAACAGAGAAACAGUCCUCUUCACAUCAUCUGCUCACCAGCACAGGACAGCCUGUGAGUGUGUGUGUGUGUGUGUGUGUGUGGAAACAGAGAAACAGUCCUCUUCACAUCAUCUGUUCACCAGCGCAGGACAGCCUGUGAGUGUGUGUGUGUGUGUGUCUGCCUGUUCCAGGACCAUGGUGUGUGUGUGUGUGUGUGUGUGUGUGUGUAGAAACAGAGAAACAGUCCUCUCCACAUCAUCUGCUCACCAGCACAGGACAGCCUGUGAGUGUGUGUGUGUGUGUGUGUGUGUGUGUGUGUGUGUGUAGAAACAGAGAAACAGUCCUCUUCACAUCAUCUGUUCCCCAGCACAGGACAGCUUGUGAGUGUGUGUGUGGAGUGUGUGAGGGUGUGUGUGUGUACAUGUGUGUGUGUGUGUACAUGUGUGUGGUCAUCCUGAUGAAUCUAGAACGCACAACUUUUGUCCAGAUCACCCAGGCAGCAUUCAGAGGAAACAGCGCCCCCUGUGGCAACACCUAGAACAACAACAAGAAAUCACUUCUGUUUCCUGCAGACAUGGAAGUUAAAUAAAGACUAAUAAAUGACUGUCAGUCUGCGUGUGUGUGUGUGUGUGCACUUUACAGAAAAAAGUCCAGACAAAAUAGAGAAUAAUAUUUAUAUUUUCUUGAUCCUUUUCCAUACAUCCAUACAUCCAUACAAAGAGAAUGAGCAUCCCAUCUAGAGCAAGGUCCAGCUCACA